CAUUAUCAGUCCGGAUACCAGACUUACAUUACAAAAUAAAACCUUUCGGUCUUUUUAUGUAACUGGUUUGUUUUCUCUCUCUCUCGCGGCGUGUCGAUGUUGUUACCGCGGUGAUGUUCUUUAGACAAUUAUUUCUUAUUCGUUGCAAGCGUCGAGUUGAGUCAGAUCGGAGAACGCAAUAAUAUAGAAUUUGAUCUUCAUCAGAACCUUGAGUUUUUGUACUUGGACACAAAUAUGAGUAGUCCGCAAUACUGCCCCGGCAACACCAGCCUGACCCCAGUAUGGGUCGACGACGGCAUCAGUCGCUGUUUCCUAGCAACGGUUUUCUCCUCGACUCUCCUCUUCCUACUACUCAUCCCAGGAGGAGUCCAGAUUCUUCUGUAUUUGAGACGAGCCGAGAAGGUGGAAGAAAGAUUUAUAGUUCGGCCGUUAUGGUUUCAUCUUCAGAUCGCGCUAUCCAUCAUGAUGGUCCUGCAAUAUUGCGCUUGGAUGGUUACCUUAGAAGUGCUUGGAACUGACGACAAGAAGGUGGAUCUGUACGGUUACAUGGAGUUAAGUUCCUGCUUCAACAUGGCGUGCUAUCUCGUCUCAAUCGUCAUCCUCGCCAUGGAGCGAUCGCGCACAAUUAGGAGACGUCGCCGACCCGGCCACGGUUUUAUCCUACUCCUCUUCUGGGCUCUAGCGUUCGUCUACGAGAACAUCGCCUUCGUCUCGUGGUCCAGCCCCCAUUGGUGGUGGGGAUUUGAUAGCGAUAUUAAGCAGGCGGAGCUAGGGUUGUGGGUCGUGCGGUAUGUUUGUACGCUACUGUUGUUUGCGAUUGGGUUGAGAGCACCAGGCUUGCCGAGGAAAAGCUACAAUCUAAUGAUCAAUGAGGACAGAAGUGGAGGGAUGGAAGUUCCAGGGAUCGACAGCGAGAAUGAUCCAGCACCUAAAUCCACGUGGGCGGAUGCCUGGACUAAAUCCAAGAUGGUAUUUCCCUAUGUUUGGCCAAAGGGUCGCUACAUUCUCCAACUACGCAUCAUCAUCUGUAUUCUUAUCCUUAUUGCUGCGCGUGUCAUCAACGUCUAUGUGCCAGUUUUGAGCGGUGAAAUAGUGAAUGCGCUGACGCCUGUCGAAAAAGGAGAAAAAGUGGUGUUCCCAUGGCAACUUAUCGCUAUUUAUGUAGCCCUCAAGUUUCUUCAGGGUAGUGGAUCCGCUGGUAUCGGUCUUGUGAGUAAUGCUCGCACGUUCAUUUGGAUCAGAGUCCAGCAGUACACAACAAAGAGUAUAAUGGUUCGUCUGUUUGGUCACUUACAUAGUUUAUCUCUACGCUGGCAUCUGAACAGAAAGACUGGCGAGGUUCUUAGAAUGAUGGAUCGAGGCACAACAAGCAUCAACAGUUUACUGAGUUACGUGCUCUUUCAGAUUGUGCCUACUAUUAUUGAUAUCGUAAUCGCUAUUGUUUACUUUGUGACGUCCUUCAACGCCUGGUUUGGUGUCAUUGUUUUUGUAGCGAUGGUUUUCUACAUCGGUGCAACUGUAGCUGUGACUGAAUGGAGGACAAAGUUCCGGCGUGAGAUGAAUCUCAGCGAUAAUAAGAUGAAGCAGAAAGCUGUAGAUUCAAUGCUCAACUUUGAAACGGUGAAAUACUAUGGAAACGAGGAAUUUGAAGUCGGUGUGUAUGACGAAGCUAUUACAUCAUAUCAGUUUAGCGAAUGGAAGUCCAUAGCUUCACUGGUAAUCCUGAACUGUGCACAGAACAUAGUCAUCACCAGCGGUCUGCUUGUCGGGUCGUUGCUAUGCGCUUACUAUGUCAGCAUUGAAAAACUCACUGUUGGAGAUUACGUGCUGUUUGCAUCCUACAUUAUUCAGCUCUACGGCCCGCUCAAUUAUUUUGGAACCUACUACAGAAUGAUCCAACAAGCUUUUAUUGAUAUGGAAAAUAUGAUUGAUCUACUGAAAGAGAGGCAAGACGUCGCUGAUAUUCCACUUGCUAAGAGCCUUGAGGUCAAAAGAGGAAUUGUUGAAUUUGACAACGUCAGUUUCUAUUACAACGAAGCAAAACCUAUUCUCAAAGGAGUUUCAUUCAGCGUUAUGCCCGGUCAGACCCUAGCACUGGUUGGACCGUCUGGUGCUGGAAAGAGCACAAUUAUUCGUCUCUUGUUUCGUUUCUAUGACAUCCAAGAUGGGCAGAUAAGAAUUGAUGGACAAGACAUUAAAAAGGUGACACAAGGGUCUCUACGGAAGGUGAUUGGGGUUGUACCACAAGACACAGUACUCUUCAACAACGACAUUAGGUAUAAUAUUUCCUAUGGUAAGAUAGGAAGCAGUGAGGAGGAGGUGAGCACUGCGGCAAAAGCUGCAGAUAUACACCAAAGAAUUCUUACAUUCCCUAGUCAGUACAAGACGGUUGUUGGUGAGAGGGGGUUGAAGCUGAGUGGAGGCGAGAAACAACGAGUCGCUAUCGCUAGAACAAUUCUUAAAGCUCCUGAAUUUGUACUUUUAGAUGAGGCUACCUCAGCCCUUGACACAAAGACAGAGCGGAACAUCCAGUCAUCUCUCGCCAAUGUGUGUGUGAAUCGAACGACGAUCGUUGUCGCUCAUAGAUUAUCAACGAUCAUUGGCGCUGACCAAAUCCUCGUCCUACAGGAUGGGCAUAUCGUUGAAAGAGGAAGGCACGAAGAGCUUCUGACGCACGAUGGUGUGUAUGCGGAGAUGUGGCAACAGCAACUACAGGCUGAGGAGGAAGUUCAGAAUAACGACGAGGAAUCGACAGGAUCUGGCCCUGAAAAACUGGACUGAUGAAUGACACAUACAGGUAUCAAAAUUAUAGUACCCAGGUACUUAAUAUGUUAUUACCCAGGUACUAAACUCGUUAGUACAAAGGUACUUUAUUCUAUUCCUCGGUAGUAGAAUAAAGAAAGACAGUUCUCUAAGAACAAACUCUCCAAAUAUAUAUAUUGAUACCUCACUAUGCGAUGUCUCAAAUCCUAUGUAAUAAAUGUAAGUACUCAUUUACAAAAAUGUUAAAACCCAGGUACCAAAAUGUUAGUACCAUGGUGUCAAAAUGUUAAUACCCAGGUACCAAAAGGUCGGUACCAAUUGCAAAAAUGGUAGUACUUGAAGUGCCAAAUUAUUACCGCCCAUGUAUCAAAAUGGACUUUCA